UCAACAAGUGCACAACAAUGGGCGGCGGCCACCUUCUGCAUCUCUACAACUCCUCACGGGCGUCCAUGAUUAAGCGACUAACCGCUCACUUCCCAGUCUCUCAGAGGUAUGCGGUAGCAUCGGAUAGGGGAAACCACGGCGGCGUGGAAGAGAGAGCGCCUUCAACAGAAGACGAGUUCAGAAGAGCAGCGGAAGAGAAGAAACGCCAGGGAUUCGCCAGCCAGACUUUGGAGAAGGCGGAAGACGGCGCAGGAGAGGCGGCGGAGAAAGAAUCUGAUUUUGAAUCUGUGAAGGAGAGUUACAAGGACGCGCCGCCGAGAGGUAAGUUCCACAAGACUGGGGAUGCUAUUCCUCCAGAAAACGUGCCCUGAAAAGGAAUUCUUCAAGGUGGCAAGGCAAAUUUGCAGAUUUGGGAUUUUCUUAUAUCCAGAAGUCUCAGAGCAAAGUAAAAGAGGGAAAGCUGAAAUACUCAGUAGCUAGAUGAUACAAACUGUAAAUAACAGCCAUGAGAAUCCAAAGGAAAGCAUAUAUUAAAAGAGAAACAAGUAGCAUAAAAC